GUUUGGCUGGUAUACACAUAUGUGGUGAGAGAGCACAAUGUCUACAAUCACAUAUUGAUAUUAUAUCAUAGGACAUACCAUUGUUGUUUGGCGCUUCUUCAACCCAAUAGUUUUGCUUUGAAACUUCACACCCAACUUUCUUAAAAACCACUAGCGGUUUGCGCAGAGAGAGGGAGAUGGAUGAAGAGGGCAUUGGGGUGGUGUUGGCUAGAGCGUCGGAGCUUCGAUCCAAGUUCACUAACUGCAUCCACAAAGUCACUACCCAAGGAGAUGAAGUUGAAGAAGGAGAAGAGAAGGAAGAGGGAGAGGCUGCUUCGGAGACCCUUUUGAACAUUCGUGAUGCCCUUGAAUCCCUUGAGUCCCAGCUCUCUUCCUUGCAGGGUCUACAACAGCAGCAGUGGUAUGAGAGAGAAGCUGCCUUGGCUGAGAUUGAUUACAGUCGCCAGAAGUUACUCAAGAAGCUCAAGCAGUAUAAAGGGGAGGACUUGGAAGUGAUUCACGAGGCUUCUGCAUUUGCAAGUGAGACAGUGGAGCACGGCAAUGAUCUCCUGCUGCCCCCAUAUCCAAGUCGUCCCCCACGCCCCCUUGUUGCAGACAAUGGUCAUAUGUCACACUUCCCUUUCAUGCGGAAGUCUAAUCAAAAUGGGGUCACUGCUGGUGACUCAACAAAUGAAGAGAAUAAGAAACUGAAUGAGUCAGAGAGAAAUCAAUUGCACUCCGGACCCAAAAACACAUCCAAAGGACUGGGAAUUUUCAUCAAUGGCGCGAAGAUGGUGCUUACCCUAGUUGGUGUGAUAUCUAUUCUAAGCCUGGCUGGUGUUGAGCCUAGGUUCAGGAAAAGGGAUACCUAUUUCAAUAUUAUGGGCCUGUUUCAGCAGUCGGCAACUGAAGAAAAGAGGUCAAACACUGUUGAAUGCCCACCUGGGAAAGUCCUGGUACUGGAAGAUGGGGAGGCUCGGUGCCUUGUGAAGGAGAGAGUUGAAGUUCCAUUUGAGUCUGUUGUUGCAACCCCCGAUGUAAACUAUGGUUGCGGAUAAAAUGGCAUUAAUUUUGUUUUUGUGCAUAUCCGGUUUCUUUUUGACACAAUGUCAUUGAAUUUCUUCUUCAAGGGCCUGCGUUUCUUACAAUUUACUAGUAGUUAGUGAUCUAUUUGAAUAAUGUCUACUCCUAUUGGUAUCA